UAAUCUUUCUAUAAAAUGUUCUCUGUUUUCAUUGCAAGGUAUUCUCUGUUUUAUAACCACUUGAAGAACAUUGAGGAAAGUGAAGGUGGCCUUGGUAAAUUUACAAAAAGUUACAAAACCUUUGGAGUUAACCAACUUCCAGAUGGUGGAAUAUACUGCAAAGAGUGGGCACCAGGAGCAGAAGCAGUGUUUCUUGCAGGUGACUUCAAUGGCUGGAAUCCAUUUUCUCAUCCAUAUAAGAAGUUGGAAUAUGGGAAGUGGGAGUUGUUCAUUCCACCUGAAGAUGGCCAUUCUCCUGUGCCCCAUGGAUCAAAGCUAAAGGUGGUGAUUCGUGCUCAAAACGGCGCCCUCCUCUAUCGUAUUUCACCCUGGGCAAGAUAUGUGGUCCGUGAUGAAGACAAAGUGAAUUACGAUUGGGUUCACUGGAAUCCACCACAGUCAUAUAUACAUAAGAAUCCUUCUCCCAAGAGAUUAAAAAGCCUAAGAAUCUAUGAAUCUCAUGUGGGCAUUGCUUCCCCAGAAGGAAAAGUAGCUUCUUACAAAAACUUCACAUACAAUGUACUACCUAGAAUAAAGGACCUUGGCUAUAACUGUGUCCAGCUGAUGGCUAUUAUGGAGCAUGCGUACUAUGCCAGUUUUGGUUAUCAGGUCACAAGUUUCUUUGCAGCAUCAAGCCGGUACGGAACUCCUGACGACCUGAAGGAAAUGAUCGACGUUGCUCACUCAAUGGGCAUCACAGUCCUGCUUGAUGUGGUGCACAGCCACGCCUCAAAAAACUCAGAGGAUGGUCUCAACCAGUUUGAUGGUACAGAUUCUUGUUUCUUCCAUUCUGGAUAUAGAGGCAAUCACCAGCUCUGGGACAGCAGGCUCUUUGACUAUGCAAACUGGGAAGUCCUGAGAUUCCUUCUGUCUAAUUUGAGGAUGUGGAUUGAAGACUAUCGCUUCGAUGGGUUCCGGUUUGACGGUGUUACGUCUAUGUUGUAUCACCACCACGGCAUCGGCACAGGGUUCAGUGGAGAUUACAAUGAGUAUUUUGGCCUACAUGUGGAUGAAGAUGCUUUGUGUUACCUGAUGCUGGCCAAUCACAUGAUUAAAACCUUGCACCCAGAAUGCAUAACCAUAGCAGAGGAUGUUUCUGGAAUGCCAGCUCUCUGUCGGCCUGUCGCAGAGGGAGGAGGGGGUUUUGAUUAUCGACUUGCCAUGGCCAUUCCAGAUAAGUGGAUACAGAUAAUUAAGGAGCUGAAAGAUGAAGACUGGAAUAUGGGCAAUAUUGUGCAUACAUUGACAAACAGACGGUAUGAAGAAAAAUACAUUGCUUAUGCAGAGAGUCACGACCAGGCACUGGUUGGUGAUAAGACACUGGCCUUUCGCCUGAUGGAUGCAGAGAUGUACACAAACAUGAGUGUGCUCAUGCCUCUGACCCCAGUUAUUGAUCGUGGGAUACAGCUUCAUAAAAUGAUUCGUCUCAUUACUCAUGCACUCGGAGGAGAGAGCUAUCUGAACUUCAUGGGUAAUGAAUUUGGACACCCAGAAUGGCUUGACUUCCCCAGAAUAGGGAAUAAUGAGAGCUACCACUAUGCCAGAAGACAGUUUAAUCUUACUGAGGAUGAUCUUCUUCGCUAUAAAUUCCUAAAUGCCUUUGAUAGAGAUAUGAAUAAAUUGGAGGAAAGAUUUGGCUGGCUUGCAUCUCCCCCGGCCUAUGUGAGUGAAAAGCAUGAAUCCAAUAAGGUCAUAGCAUUUGAAAGAGCAGGUCUUAUUUUUAUUUUUAAUUUCCAUCCAUACCAAAGUUAUGUGGACUACAGAGUGGGUAUUGAAACUCCAGGAAAGUAUAAAAUCCUUCUGGAUUCUGAUGCUGGAGAAUAUGGAGGGCAUCAAAGGCUGGACCACAAUACAGAGUACUUCUCUGAAGAAUAUCCUCACAAUUAUCGACCUAAUUCAAUUAUGAACAUCUCCAGCCAACCCCCCAGAAGAUGUCACAUGCACCAAGUAAAGGGUGUUUUGCUGUCUUUUUUAACGUACUUUUUUCCCAACCUGACAAAAGAGUAGAGAAGAUAAUAGAGAAGAAAUUUUGAGACACACCCUGUGCAGUAUAUGGACUUAUUUUGCGUAAAUGAAGCAAGAAAGUCUAAUAAAUUAUUUUCUGCAUAUUUAUGCUGUACAGCUGUAAAUUGAAAAACAAAUUGGAAGGCAGAAGUUUGCAUUAUCUUAAGCAUACCUUCUUUGUCAUGUGCAAUAUCUAGCAAAAUGAAAACCAAAAUGUGUGAGAUUUUAUAUAAUAAAUUAUAGUCAGAAAGGAAGAGCUAUUAUCUAUUUUAUUCUUUGAUGGUUAAUUAUAUUCUCAGAAUAGUGUCCGUGUGUGACAAUUAGUGGUGAUACAGGGACAGAAGAUUGUCUAAAGCCCUCAUUUUAAUUAAAAGUUUGGGAUAAUGUUGGCACAGGCUCUUGUGACAUUGCCUUCUGCAUCCACCAGCUGCAAUAUGUGCUACUGAGUAUUUUUCUGCAGUGCCUGAUCUAGCUCUGAGUUCUAGUAAUUCUCCCAUCUGUUACAAAAUGACCUUGAAAUUAUUUUUAGGGCUUGGUGUUUUCCAAUCCUGAAAGUCGGAUGAAGAGUAGUUCAUUGCAGUUCCAGCCAAUUUUGGUUGUGCUUGCACCUGGUACUGAAUUAGUCUGACAGAUCUGAAAGUAGCAGUUGUCAUUUGCAGAACCUCAUGCUUGUGGGCUUUUAGAUACAUUUGGAGAUUGCUGUGUAUUUUAGUCCUUUCCUGAAAUAUGUAAGGUGAUAUUUCUGCCUAUAGCUGCUGCUGUUCACAGGUGCUUCCUACAUGUGGUAUUCCUGUAUUCUUUCUAACUCUUUAAAUCUCUUUUUUUCCUAGAAGUUUUCUGGAUAUUCACAGAGAAAAAAAAAAACAAACCAAAAAACAAACAAAACAAAUAAAAGUAUAAAGAGUAAGAAUUUGGCUGAAAACAUCUUUUUUUGUCUCAUUACUAGAGAUAUUGUCUUAGUCCCAGAAGCCUGGAUCUGUGUGGGACUUGCCUAGUUUCAGACAGUGUGGCUGCCUCAUAUGGACAUACAAUAUAAAAAGGUCAAAGGUGCCAACAAAAACCCAUUUUGUAUUUGACUUAUAAACAAGAUUCCUAUGGCCCACCAUCCUCUCUGCUACUACAUCUGCCAGUGAACUAACAGCAGUUACUCCAUUCCUGCCAAAUUGGGACUAAAAAGACUUUCAGUGAUAUUUUAUGACUGAAUGUUUGAAAGUUAACUUUGUCAAAAACUGUCUUUGCAGCUGAGUCAUCCUGUCUCAAACAGAGCUGAUGUUUUCCAGUCCCCAUGUGACACUCCCCCAUCAGAAAAGGCCUCAUGAACCUUCCUGUGUGUGUUUUUAGAUGUCUUCUUGGCUUCCUAAAAUAGUGGAGUUCAUGUGAACAUUAGAGAGUUUGAGGUUGUAAGUGAACAACUGGUUAUAGAGAGCAGAGGGACAAUUCACUGAGAUCCUGAGAAACCUCCUGUGACCUCAGAGCUCACCCUGCUUUCAGCAGGGAAUUUGGGUCUCCUGAGGCCCUUUCCAACGUGGGUGAGCCUGGAAGUGGCUGGAAAGGGUGUUCAGAAUGAUCAGAAAGCCUGGAACAGAAGAGGGAAUCUGAGGAUGAUUUGAUUUAUGACAGUCAAGAUGUGUGUUAGCUAUGAAUGAAUUCUCUUUAGUGUUCUGUUCUUUGGGUUUUCACUUCUGUCCAUGUUCAUCAAGUGAGCCUUGGGAAAUGGUGAAGGAGACAUGAAUGGGAUAAAACUUGUGAUCAGAAAGAGCAGGUUAGAAGAACAGAGAUCAAUGGAACUGAGACUGGUAAUUGAAAGUGCGUAAUUCAGCAACAGUAUAUGAAAGAAUAAACUUCUGAUACACUUCCUAGGGUAUUGAAAAAGCAAAAAAAUUACAUAUCUCUGAUAGUGUUUUUUGCUGAUGAAUACCUAGGUUUGAUCAGGAAACCUCUAUGUACCUUUAGUAUACUCAUCUCUUUUAUAGAUAGAUAUAUAUAUCUCAGGCUGUAUACUACAUAUAUAUAAAAUGAAGAAGGGCAAGAAGGUGAUUCUGCAAAUCUGCUGAUAAGGGAAAAAAAAAGGCAAGUCCCUUGACAAAGGGAAGACUUAAAGCUUUGAUGGACAAUAUGGACAGUACAGGAGUAUUCAGUGGUUUUUUUUUGGGCUCAGACUCCAAGAGCAAAGCCUGCUUUCAGACCCUUUUUGUGUGGUGGUGCAUGACUGAAAAUAAAGUAGCAGAGCAAUAGGUUAAAGAGUCUGUAUGUAAGUGGGAUACACCCAGAGGCUUGGAUGAUUUCAGUGAUGUGAUUGCAAAGCUGGUGACUAUCACCUGAGAAAAAUCAUAGUGGUCAGGGGAAAUUUCCUGACAACUGAACUCAGGCUGAGGGGUCUGUAGGGCAGUUCCUUCAGAAGACAAGAACAAACUCCUUUUGACGUCUGUGUCCAAGCAAGUGGGUUACAUGAGAUAGGUCAGUCAGGAACCCAGCCUGGAUUUAGCAAAGUCAGAGCAUGCAUGGUCAGCCUGAUUGCUUUCUUGGUGAAAUGACUCAAGCUGUGAGCACAAAGUUGCUCCAGUCCGUUCAGUAAGACUUUGAGCCUUGUCUCCUGCAGCAUUCCUGCCUAGGAGCUGAGGAACCAAAGGGCUGGAUAAGAUUGUUAGGUGGGUUAAAACUGGCUGGGCCACUGCUGUUUCAGCAGUCAGAGGCUCUGUGUGCAGGUGUUGACUGGUACCAAGGAGAGAAUCUUGGGAAUUGUGAGGGAGCUGAUACUGUUGGAGUCUGGAGCAGUGACCAGCAUGAUGAGACAGAGCACAGUUGUAGAUGACACUGAAUUAGAGUGAAUCAUUGAUCAAUUGAAUGUUCAAGGUCCAAUCCAGACACAUCUAGAGCUAAGGAUAAUCCAUACAUUUAUAUAUUUGAAAGUAUCUGGACUCAGAUAUAUGAUAAAAGGCUGCAUUUCAGCUUAUCUUGUCAGCAAUGAAUUCCUGACCUUUUUAAUAAGUGUCAUUAGUGGGAGGUUGAAGCAUAUGCUUGGAGCACAGUUGACUUGGUACAAUGGCUUGAAACAGUCUCAGUAACACUCAGAAAAAAUACAGAGAAAAUAAAUUUAAGAUAAGGAGGAUAUGUUACUACAAGAGUGGUAAUUCUGUGAGAGGUGCUGAAAGAAAA